GGGCGGGGCCUGAGCUCCGGUUAGGGGUUACCACCGCCCAUCCCAGUUGCCUUGACGAUGAGGGCUUCCUCUAAAGAAAACAUGGCAGGGUCGUCCGUAGGAAUGACCUCCUGGGGCCCGACCACCCCUGGGGUGACGCCAGCAGGCAGCACGACUGAUUCUGAGAAAAAUAUUGAAUUCCAGGAGAAUGAAAGGAUUCUGUCUCCAGAUAUACUCACCACUAACCAGAUCAUUGACCUGCUGGGAGAAGAGGACGUGGAAAAAAUUCAAGAAAAAAUGGGAACGUUUCUGAAUUUUAAAAAUCUUCAGACUAAUCUACGAGACGCCAUUCUAUUAGACUACUACGUGGCUGGGUUCUGCUGGGCCAAGGGAAUGAACUUUUCUAUUGACCAGUAUUCAAAAUUUAUGACUUUGCUGGACAUGUUACUUCAAAAUCUUCAAACGCUGCAUAUGUCCUUAGAGGACAGCAUCAAGUGGCUCGGGGAAGUGAUGGCAGAAAUUGGACCAAACCAUUCACAGAAGAAUAAGAAUUUUCAUAUCUUCAAUGUCAAGGAAGCCAAUGCCAUCAUCGAUUAUUUAAAAAUCAGCUUAUUCCAGCACUACAGGCUCUACGAGUUUCUGUUCUACUCGGCCAGGGAAGAAAUUGUCAUCGGGACCGAGCAAACCAUAGAGGCCGUCAAGCCUGCAGACCACCCUUUCCCAGCCCCUCUGGAAGAAGGUAUCUCACUGAGCAUGUAUUCAGCCUUCAUAGAGCGGUUGCCAACGCUGGACACUGAACAGAAGGGGCUGGAUCAAGAGCAAGGGCCUCGGGAAUCGCUGCUGGAGAGUGAAAUGGGAGAAGUGGAUCCCUUAGGUGGCUUCACCAUUGAAGACGUAAAAUUAGCCCUGGCACGAGUGACGGAUGAGGUCUUGAUAAGCAUUCAGAACGAGAUAAACGAAAAACUGCAAGUACAGGAAGAGUCCUUUAAUGCGCGAAUAGAGAAACUGAAGAAACCCUGAGAAUGCAGUACAAGUUAAUCUUCCGAGAAACCAACAAAACCGGCCAGAAUAAUAAUGUCUCUAUAGCACUAUGUCACCUCCAUGAAGCCCUGGAAGGAAAACCCACUUCCCGUUAUCCCGAGUGAUUGACAAGGCGUCGUCCCGCCCCUCCCAUUCCACACCCACCUCUGAGUUUACAGGGCCAAAAGCAAGAGCAUUGCUUUGUAUGAUUUUGGAAGUUCUAUACGAAAGUACUAUUGUUUUGACUAAUGAAUACUAUUCCUCCUUCUCGGGAAUGAAACUAACCUUUUGAAAUAACAAUAAAAAAUGUAGUAAAGUAAUAGUACCUUUACCCAUUAGUGGCCAGGUGGGUCCGGUUGAUGCGGCAUUGUGAGGAGAGGCCAGAAAUCGUCACUCUAAGGUCAAACCUACUAAACAACGGCCAUCCUGCUAUGCACUGAGGGGGCGGGUUGGUUCUUUUGUUUUUUUGUUUUUUCUUAUUUAACUCAUUUGGUUUUCUUAUUUAAACCUUUCAGUGUGAAACCAAUUUUCUGAAAUUAUAUAAUGCAGUUUGAAGCAUUUUAA